GACGGCGGCGGCGGCGGCGGCGAUGGUGAUGAUGAUUACUGUAUCUACGUGUGGAAGUGACAUUGACUGACAAUACACACUUCAUAGUAUUCAUUUGUAGGAGUAGUAGCGGAACAUCAGAGUCCGACUAGCCACUUUGCUCGCUGAUACAGGUUAGCAGCUAAUUUAGCAUCGGCACGUUGGUUUCCCAUUGGAACAUGCGCACAAGCUUUACUGCUGGGAGGGUGUGCUUCGUAAAGCGAUAAAAAGAAGCUUUCUUUCCUGAGUGGAAUUUCUUCACUGAUUAUGGAUGACUUGGACAGAGAGCUUGGGCCUCAUGGAGCUGCAGAAGAUUGCCAUGAUUCCUCAGAUGACAACUCUUCAAAAGGAGGGAAAAAAUUAAAAUGCCCUGUGGUUAAUCCCAUCUUUUGUCUAGGUGAGCGAUACAGCGUUUGUGUGUGUGUGUGUUCAUAUUAUAUGAAGACUUUCCUGACUAUUAUUUGGAGAAUCACCACUGAGAUCCUUCAUCAUCAUCCCAACUCAACAAUGGACGAUUACAACAAUGUCUAUGAACGAAUGAAACAUUCAGGAGUCAGACAUCAUUUAAUGAUAUGUCUGGAACAUGCUUUCCACCUGCUGCUACAUGGUCGGACUGAAGAUGCAAAGUUGCAGCUGUCUGCAGCUGAAAGUUGGAGGCAUGGGAAGGAGUCAGCAGCUCAGCAUCAGAGGACAAAACUGAUCCAGGCAUACAGGAGCUUGCUGGAUUAUGCCAUCUGGUGUGACAAAAAGUUGACAAGCUCCAAUAAUCAUUUUGACUCUGAUGACAACCAAGGCAUGCAAAACAACUUCAGACAAGCUUCUGUGAAUCUAAAGGAGACUUUGAAAAAUCCAGGGGUCUGGGAUCCCUUUAUACUGAGUUAUGUUGAUAUGCUGGAGUUCUAUGAGGAUCAUGAGGAGGCUCUGAAAAUCCUGAAUGAAUACGCAUAUGACAACAGUUUUCCGCCCAAUCCCAAUGCACAUGUCUAUCUGUACCAGUACUUAAAGCGUCACAAUGCUUCGGAGAAGAAAUUGAUCAGAGUGUUAAAGAUUCUCCAUGCAUUAGUGCCAAGCCAUGAGUUGAUGUUGGACUACAGUGCCUUCCUACUUGACUCAGAGAACAAAAAAGACAUUGAGAAAGCUUUUGGAGUCAUUCUGGAAAUGCUGGACUUCACCUGCUGGAGGACCAAUAUGGAUAUCUGGAAAUGUUUAAAGGCCAUUAUUCAGAAACUGCAGAUACAAGAAGACUGGGAGAAUGUUGUCUGUGAAAAGAUGGCUGCAAGAAAAGACUGGUGGCCUGCGCUGCACUUCACAAGCUUCCAAGCCAGUAAAGAUCUUGAGGAGAACCCUGAGCUUUGGGAAGUGAAGGCAUCACUUGCAAAAGUCCUUUGUCCAAACCAAACACUUAAGUACACCGCUGAACGCAUAACUAAUGGAAAGUGGACUUGAGAACAAAACAUCAAAUUGUCUUAAAAAGAAAAAGGCUGCCAUGCUAUUGGGAAGCAAGUGAAACCGAGGCAAGGCAUGUUGGUGAAGAGUCUUCAUAAAUGCACUUUUUACAAGAAGUAUUUUUGCAAUAUUGUUUUUUACUUUCUUUCAUUAAAAAAAUUCUAAGCUCAAGGUUGGCUUACUUGUAAUAAUGUGUUCCCAAACUCCUAAAUAUAGUUCUUUCAUGUUGAGUGAUGCACCAUGUGGAGCUCUUGCUUUGUAUUUCUGUAAUGGGUAUCUGAAGGAUAUGAACGACCACCUAAUUUUGACAGAAACUAAGUGUUGCUCUGAAUGUCUGUUUCAUGGCAGCUAUGAACAUUUUAAUGAGAACAAAAUGUCAUUGUGACCUCAGAUGACCUUUGACCAUUGUACAACAGGAUUUAAUGUCACUGCUGAUGGUAUUCCACACAAAGUCAGAAGAAUUUUCUCUCUGUCAGCAUUUUGUGCACAAGGUUAAUGGGACAGACCAUUGGCAGGUGGUCGCUCUUCCCUUAAAUGUGAAAGGUGCCUUCAGGCACGUCAUUAGUAACUUGUGGUCAGCUUGUGUAUGUGGUAAUAUUCAAUAUGUCCUGCAAUAGAGAGGCUCAUCAUUUUUUAUGCAAUUUAAUCAUUGUCUAUAUAAGAGAAAUGUUAUUGUCCUUAAAAAUGUUUGAUAGCGGGACAUGAUUCUAGCCUUCAAAUGCUGGGCUUUUUCUCUUGAGUCCUUUGCAC